CACGGCACCAUUCGCCUCUUCUUCCUCCGCAUUCAGCUCCUGCACAACUUUGCCCGGGUAAUGACCACCCGAUUCUCAUUGACAUCGUACUCCCUCAACACCGUUGUGGCUAUGACCUUGCUGGGUACACAUCGUAAAGAAGCAUGCUCACACGACUGGCCCUUACGUGACAAAGUGACACACGUCUUCGCCGUAUUUAUUGGAUAUGUCUAUGUCGCUUUCCUGAUUCUGCAGUCCAUACUCGCCUUCGGCAACUGCUUUAAAUGGUCAAAGAAGACAUAC